CACGGCUUAAGUUGUAACAAGUUACUGAUAUAUGUAGGACACGUGACAUCCCGGGCAACUUUUAGAAAAAAACACUUUAUUUUGGAGUUGGCUAUGCAUAUUCAUGUCAUGAGGCCAGCAUCUCUCUCCAUUGUUUACAGGUGGUUAACGUCAAACAACCCUCAUCGAAUAUUUACAAUACAGAAGUUACCACCAAAGAAAGGAUAGGCGGGUGCUAGAGACAGGCCGCCGUGCCGCUUUGUGAACAACGACUCCCUAGGGCGGAGAGACGGUUUCUAACCUUUGGUGAAAUUAACCAGGUACUAUAGCGGUCACUCUUAACAAUGAAAUUAAUGGAAGACAGUUUGGAGGAGGCAAGAUCAGGUGGGACCAUUCCAGCCAAUGAGAGGGCAGAUACGCAGGACCACGACUGUUUCCACUAGUUACCACAGCCACAAAGUAGAAAAAUAUUUAAAUUUCACGAAAACAAAAAUGAAUUCAUCCUCGUGGCAAUAUUGGGAAAAAAACUAAAACAAUAACUUACAAACAUUAUUUUUCUUUGCUGAUUGUAAUAAUUUUGGAAAGGAAUGAAUGGAUGGCAUAUGACCCACUGAAAGAAUAAACCAAGGACAAGGUUGUUAUGGGUGUAAAAUGGCACAGUUAACAUUCAAACAAAGGUUCCCGCCCACCAGCCUAAAGCAAGGGAGAGAGAAAGGGAAGGGGGAGAAUGGUGCAGAUCGCUUAGCAACGUGGACGCUUGGUCCUCAACCGGAUACGAGCACAGGACUUCAGUCGAAAAACUGAAGGAUUUUACAACAUCUAGCUAAAACAGUAUCUCAAAACUUGAGCGAUGGAGAGAAUAUGUCUUGACAAGACUGCAUCUAAGUCAGUGGACGACUAUCUGGAGUACAGGAGGAUCGUGGGUGAAGACGAUGGCGGCAGACUAUUCUCCCCAGAGGAAUAUGAAGAGUACAAGAGAGCAGUGUUUCCCCAGAGACUACACAACAGGCUGUAUGUGAGCUUUGGAGUGCCAGGGGGAAUAGACUGUAAACUCAUCGGCCCAGAGACACCUUGCUUCUGCACACACAGGUACAAACAGCAUCAGACAGACUUUGAGGAGGUUCCUUCGGAGCGCCCGAUAGCACUACCAUGCCGAGUUCAAGGGUGUCGGUGUUUGGCCUUUCAGUACGUGCACCUGAACGGGUCGCAGCCUGUACGUUGCAGGUGCAAACACUCUGCCUACGACCACAGUGAGACCUCAGAACACCUCUGUGGGAAAUGCUCAUCCUGCUCUGGGUUCCGGAGCCCCUACAGCUGUGGGUGUGGCCAGCCUAGCUUCGCCCACCAGACGCUGGUGGAGACGAAGGCAGAACGGGAGGCCCGGGGUUGCCCGGUGGGCAGAGACGUUCCAUACGCAGCCAUGGGGGGUCUGACAGGGUUCAGCUCCCUGGCUGACGGGUACCUGAGACUGGACGAUAGCGGGGCAGGUGCCCCUCACUUGUCUGUUCUGUCGUCUCAACAACCAAGAGCUUUCCAGGAGCAUGUGUUUGAGAAAGCCUCAGGACCAGCAGCAGCCUCAGGACCAGCAGCAGCCUCCGGACAUACAGAGGAGAGUUCAGUGACGUCCGUGACCAGGGCUCUGUCUGACCUCAGCACCAGAGAGGAAGAAGACAUGGCGUACUUGGAGAGACGCUACCAGGACAGGAUGAAGGCUGAGAAAAUGGCAGUCAAACAGAAGGCAUCAUCAUCAAGAGGAAGACCAUCCACCAAACCAGCCAGCCUACCAUCCACCAAACCAGCCAGCCUACCAUCCACCAAACCAGCCAGCCUACCAUCCACCAAACCAACCACCUCCCUAUGCAGUAAGCAACCUACCAAACAGCCUACCAAAUAAUUGACCAAACUGGAGAAGAGGACGAACAGUUAGCUAACACACUUAGUUUAAUGAGGUAUUCCAUUCCACACAGAUAAUGAUAUAAUUGCACUAUGGAUAAUAGAUAAUCAAACAGUCUCACCUGGGAAAAUGAUCAUUAGAUCAUAAACAUCAAGGCUUUUGUGAUGUUUCCAAGAUCAAUUGACAAUAAAUGUUCAAAUCCAUGUUGAUUCUUUAA